ACCUCCAAAAAGACAAAGUGUGAUUGUCACAACAACAAAGCUUCCUUGUAUUCAAGCUUCUGAACUCUGACCUCUACCUGAGUUAAGUGAUAAUCGCUAUUAUUCCAAUUCUAAGUUGACCUUGGAACACAUGUCGUGCUAUGUUAUGACCACCGGUACAGUUGAAAGCAACAUUUAUAUCAAAUUCAAUUCAACAUUAUUGGAACUUUUAUAAUAACUACAACUGUACAUUGAUGUCUAAAUAUAUAUAAACAUUAUCUUCACAUGCCGUCAUGAAAACAUCGCCCCUUGUCGCAAUCAUCAUCCCAAAACCUCGUGUGACGGUAACGCGAAUUAAAUACAAGGUAGAUCUCAGGUUUUAGGCGUUUAUUUCUUUAAUAGCCCUUCCCACGAGAAAGGUAUUUCUUUGGUAAUGUAGGUAUGGUUAUUUAACACAUAUUGACAUUAUGUACAUGUUUUUCAAGCGUGCAAAAUAAGGUAAAGUCAACACAAAUUAUCAUGUUUAAUGCUCUACAAGGCUUGUCGUACAAGGCUCGUCGUGCAAGGCUCGUCGUUUGAAAUAGGACAAUAUAAUUACCCGGACAUCAUUAAAUGACGGACUAAAUUGCCCAUACACUUAAACUACAUUGUAUAUAUCAUAAUACGGUAAUCAUCCGGCCAUCAUUUCAUUUCUCUGCUUACACAUACAUAAUAAAUCAAACUAUCUUUUACUUUACUACAUGUAUAUAUAGAUUAUUUUGUUCGCCUAUAUUUGAAAUGAUACUAUAAAUAUGAAUAGGUAUGCAUGUUUAGGUAGGUCAUCGUCAUAUAAUUGUAACAGAUUUUAGCCGUAAUAGUAUAUGUUUCGCUUCCAUUAUCUGCCAACGUGUAUUAACAGUAUCAACAGUACGCCCCGCUUAAUACAGCAUAGCAUAUCUUAUAACUCUGAAAAGGAAUACUGUUCAUAAAGUCUGAUAUAAACUGAAAAAAAAAAAAAAAAAAAAACUGGCGUGUUGUGAAUUUCUUCAAGUUGAUAAUGUGCCCGAGUGAAACCAAAACCUACCUGAGGCAUGGGAUGGUCUGUAAUAUGGAUCAAAGCUCAAAUUAAAAUAACAUUGAUUCUGAUUAACCCUAGUCGUCAACAAACCAGGACUUUUAAUUUAUCUCGUACGAGCGUGGUGGCAUAAUGAGAAAACUACUGAUAACUUUUCUUAUCAUCUGGAAUAUAUACCUGUAGCAGAUUUUUCGUUCGCACGUUAAACGUACAUAUAGUAGGUAUAUUUCAGCCAGUACAGAAGUGCUCUUAUAAACCCGAUCAUAGGGGCUGGCUUGGCCCCGUCAAGACCGUACCAUCCAAGUGGGCGAAGGCAAGGGGAGCAGUUAUUGCCUUCGGACUCAGAGGAGGACGUCACCGCCCAACUAUUGAUGUUGCCUCUUUGGUCAAGGCAACAAAGAAAAAGCAUAUAGUACUAUCAGGACGAGCUGGGAAAAGAGAGAUGGCGGAUACGAUGACGUCACAUGGGGACAUCGUCCCGCGAGAAAUUCCCGAGGUUUUGUUACGAGAACCUCCCCUUAUAAAAAAGCCAUUUUGCCGUUCAUCAGAUGAUUCGGGCGAAGGGGUGGUGUGGACGACUCCAGCACCAUGUCGACAUUUGGCAGACAGAUCAAAGGAAUUCACAUUCGAUCGACCUAAUCCGAGCAAGCCUGGGAAACUGACUUCAGCUGUAGGAAGUCACCAGGCCGAAUACAUGAAGAAGUUACUUGCCGAAAAAGAUCGUGAAUUUCAAAUGUUACAAAGACAACUGAUGAAGUGUAAUAAUGACAACGUUAGAUUAAUUCAAGAGCUUGACGGAUUCAAAGGGAAGAAUUAUGAACUUCUGUCAAAGGAAAAUAUCACAUUAAGGGCAAACAACAGUCGCCUGUUGAAAGAGAAUGUGAUUUUGCGCGGGCAUGUUAGGAAAGAUGGAAAUUCUAUACUACAAAACAUGUCCAGAAAAGAGAUUAUAGAUGCCAAAUAUGCACGUGGGGUCCAAAAUGCCAAACCUCUUGAGUAUUAACCGAUCAAUAAGUUGAUUUAUUAAAAGAUAUUAAGUCUCUUGCAUUUGAAUAUUUAUAUUGGAGAAGGGACAGUAGUGCCGAUUACUUCUGGGAAACUUAAUCCCAUCUAAUUAUAUUUGCCGCUUAGCACAAGUUUCACAGAACGUUGAUGUCGAUGGGGCUGAUGUUAAAUCUGAUGAUACAAAUCAAGUUUUAUCAACGUGAAUGCAACAUACACUGACAAACCUGUCCAGAAAGUGUAGGUCCCCUUGCGCAGAAUCAGUACAGAUCGUAUAAAUGUAUAUACUGGUUCUUUAUCACGGAAAAAAAUAAUGAAGGAUAUAUACUUUAAUAGGCUGGGUUAUUGGAAUUUUCAAACUGCAUAUAUUCAUCUUAAAUUCGUUGAAAACGGGUUUGAUGAGUGGUAACGUGCACGUACAUUUAAAUUGCGUUAAAGUCAAAGAAGGGUUACAGAAAUGAACAACGUUAGUUUUGUCCUUGUUUAUAAACAGUUUCCAUUUUUUACACCAUUCUGCUAGUUUAUCAAGCAUAUUUUGCAUAGAGUUUUCAUCCGGCGAUAUAUUUCGAUUCAAACAUAUUUUAUUGUCAAAAAGUACAAAGGGAUUGGGCACAAGUUUUCGCAACUUAUCAACGCCCUUUCCCAAAACAAAUACAAAAUUACAAUAUUUGACAAAAUAAGGACUAAAGGUCACCAAUUCAAUAUUUUUGUAAUAUCUUUGUAACAUUGCUCUCCGAUUUGUCAAAAGGCAUGAAGUACAAAACAACAAAUAUCAUGCAUUUUUAAAUUUAUUACUUGUUUUUAUAAACUUAUGCACAUUUCUGAAUAUGAUUAAAUUAGUGUCUACAGGCAGAUGAACAUUUCCACAUAGGAGUAACUGUAAGUUUAUAGCUGCAUCGAUAUCUACAUUUCGAAGACUAAGAAAAAGUAAUUGCCUCUGUAUAUCAUAAUUUGAACACUCAAAGAAAAAAUGAAAGGCAUUUUCACAGGGGUUACCACAAAUACAUUCAGCAUUUUCUACCAGGUUAAAACGAAAUAAGUCAUAUGUGAGAGAGCUGUUUUGAUACCUUAAUUUGGUAUGAAUUACAUUAAUUUUCUUAUCACCAAAACCAUAAUAACUGGGAGGUUUUAAUGUAUUUAUAUCUGGUGUAAUAGCAUUUUUUAAAAUGCUCAAGCUAGGAGAAGAUCUAAUAUUAUGAUCUAUUUCGUUCCAUAGACGAAGAGUUGAAGGGGAAAAGGAUGAAUUUGUAUUGGAAAGCCUAUAGUUGGGAAUAACAAAAUUAUUUCUAUUUCUCAAUGCAUAAGGGGUGUUUUGACCAACAGAUUGGGGCACUAGAAUAUUUAGAAAAUCUGAAGUUAUAUUAUUUUUCAUCUUAUACAGUAAUUGUAGUUUUCUUCUAUUACGUCUAUCCGGAAGUGUCUCUAGACCCGUUUCAAUGUAUAAAGAAUUGCUACUAGCAUAUGAAAGUAAACCAGUAAUAAUACGUGCCGCUUCACUUUGGGCCUUUUCUAAUAAAUUUGAUUCUAACACAUUACACCCAUCCCAUAAUUCACACGCAUAUUCCAAAACCGGUAACAAGAUAAAUGUUUUAUAUAUUCUUAUUUAUGUAUCACGCCAAGCAUGUAUUUCUAUUUUCUCAGAGCAUUGAGCUUUUUAAGAACAGACGUAUAAGUAUUUUCAAUAUGGUCACUCCAUUUCCCUUUCGAAUUGAAAGUGACGCCCAAAUGUCUAUGGUUAUUACUGAAGUUUAAGAACUCAUUUUCAAAUUCUAAUUCAAUGACUUCUUCUAAGUUGCUAGAGUUCGAAAUAAAACUUACUUCUGUUUUACGUGGAUUAAAAUCUACCAACCAUGUCUUUGCCCAAGAACUUAAUGAUUCCAAGUCCUGGUUAAUACUUAUUUCAAUUUCAUUACAAGAGGCAGAUGUACUCAUAAGUGAAGUAUCAUCAGCAAAAAGACGUGAAGCAGAAAGCAGAACUUCAGCAAUAUCAUUUAUAUCAAUCAAGAAUAGUAGGGGACCAAGGAUAGAGCCCUGUGGUACCCCUGCCUUAAUAUUACCAGUAUCAGAGAAAGAAUUGGAUAUGAAUACUCUUUGUUUUCCGUUUGUAAGAUAGUUACUAAAUCAUGUCAACAAUUUACCAGAUAUACCGUAGGAAUUUAAUUAACAAACCCUUAUGCCAUACACGAUCAAAUGAUUUUGAUAUGUCACAAAAUACUAAGCAGACGUGUUUUUUCUCCUCAAGGGCUAAACAGAUAUUAUGAUAUAUUUCAAUUAGUUGAUGAACAGUGGAGUGACCAGGCAUAAAACCUGAUUGAUACUUGUAGAAGAGAGAAUUUUCAAUAAAGUAAUUGUGGAUAUGUUUAUAAAUAACACGCUCGAAAACUUUGCCUACGGUUGAUAAUAAAGAUAUUGGUCUGCAAUUAGACGUAGAGUGCCUAUCACCUUUUUUGAACAAUGGUAUAACGGCGGCCAUUUUCCACAUAUUUGGAUAGAUACCAGAGGAAAGUGAUAAGUUAAAAAGAAUUUCAAGAGGCUUUGCGACUGACUGUGCAGUAUGUUUCAACAUAUGGUGGCGUAUCCCAUCAUGACCAAAGGAUUUGCCUAAUUUUAAAACAAUAUAUCCAUAAUUUCUGAUGUGUCUAACCUUAACGAGCUAAGUGUUUGAUCAGUUUUUUGUUCUAAAAUAGGAAUGUCUGAAUUACUAUCAUCAACAUCAGUUAUAGAGCAAAAAUAUUUAUUUAAAAUAUUUGCUUUGUCACCGUCGUUCGUAACUAUAUUUCCUAAAACUGGAUCUAUAAGAGUAGGAAUAGAUUGGGAGUUACCCGAAGAUUUCAUAAGUUUCUUACUUAAUCUCCAAUAUGUUUUAGGAUCUGACGAAGAAUACUGAUCAAUUAGUCCGUUAACAUUUUCAUAAAAAUUUUGACGAGCAUGUUUCUUCAUAUUGUUGACUUUAUUUCGCUGAGCCUUAAGUUUGUUUAUAUCAUGCUGAAGAGAAGAAGAACGAGCUUUCUGAUGUAAUCUGUCACGAAUCCUAAUGUUUUUCCUUAGUUCCGAUGUCAUCCACGGUUUACCUUUAGGUCUAAUCGUAAUCUCUUUGAAUGGAAUACAUGUAUGAGUAAAAUCUAAAUAAAUUUUGCUAAAGUUUUCACACGCAAUAUCAACUGACCCGCACCUCGUUAUCAUAUUCUCCAACUCAAAAUUUGAAAUUAAAUCAUUGAAUUUAUUAAAAUCAGCAUGUAUACCCAUACCUUACGUUUAUAAGAAGGUACAAUUGAAGAAGGAAUUUCAAUAGAUACUAGACUACAAUCGUGGUCACUAAACGAUCUUUCAAUAGUAAUAACUGAUGAGUCAAUAUAUUUGAUUGAACCCGUCAAAAAGAUCGGAUCAAGCAGACUAGACCUGGUAUGUCCAGUUCUAGUAGGUUCAUCAAUGACAUUAAUAAGACCAAAAGUCGAUAUUAUAUCGGACAGAACGUGUUGUGGCGAUAUAGUGAACAUGUCAACAUAUGAUAGCUAUAAUGUCCGCAUACAGAAGGAUGGAUAUCAUUGUGUCUUCUACUUGAAUACCAUAAUUCAUAGCGUUUAUAUAUUUCGCCAAGUCGUUUACAUAAAUAGAGAAAAGUGUCGGUGAUGCUUUACAGCCUUGUUUUAAUCCAAUCGAGACCCCGAAUGGGUCAGUUAACUUACCAUUUACCCGAACCCUACUAGUGUUUUAUAUGUAAAGUGAUUGUAUCGCUCGUAAAAACAACCCGUCUAUUCCGAGAUGCUUCAACUUUAACCAUAAAAUAUCUCUAUUUACACUGUCGAAUGUUUUUUUUUCAUGUCCAUAAAGCAGACGAACGUGGAUUGUUUCCGUAUUUUACGAUUAUUCGGAAUGGUACAUGUAUAAAGUGCAUAUUAGUGGUCAAGACAACUGCGAUUUUCUCCGCAUACAUUUUGACGGUAUAGAUAUAAGUGAGAUCCUUCUAUAGCUGUGUGGAUCCAACGGCUCUUUUCCCGCCUUUAAUAUAGGGGUUACAAUACUUUCACCCCACAUAUCCGGAACUAUGCCAGAUCGGAAUGAGUUACAUAUAAUCCUGUGAAGUAUGUCUAUACAGGUUUGAUUCCUCAGCACUGCACUUUGGAUAUCGUUUAUACCGGCCGCUUUGUUCAAUGUUUGAGAUAAUCUGUUGAAUAUCUUACAUCGGAGUCAGACGGUACGUUGUAUAACUCUUUGUAAACAUCGUGCCAUACUCUUAAGACUUGCUCGUCGUCCGUAGUUAUGUUACCAUCCUUGUCUAUCACUUUAUCCGGUAUCAAUUUUUGGCGAUCAUUAGAGAUUUGGCCGGACUCCAACGCCAAACUAGCUGUGUAUUGUUAAACAACAAGCUGUGUAUUGUACAACAAGCUCUGUAUAGUCAAACAAUAGACAAACUGUAUUAUCAAACAGCAGACAAACUGUAUAUUGUUAAACAACAGAUAAACUGUAUAUUGUUAAACAACAGAUCAACUGUAUAUUGUUAAACAACAGAUAAACUGUGUAUUGUCAGAUAACAGACAAACUGUGUAUUGUUAAACAGACAAACUGUGUACUGUCAUAUAACAGAUCAACUGUGCAUUGUCAAACAACUGACAAAAUUUGCAUUGCUAAACAACAUAUACACUGUGCAUUACUAAACAACAUAUAAACUGUGCAUUGCAAAACAACAGACAAACUGUGUAUUACUAAACAACAGACAAAUUGUGUAUUACUAAACAACAAACAUGUGUAUUGUGAAACAUCAGACAAACAGUGUAUUGUUAAAAAACCGGAAGACUGUAUAUUGUCAAGCCACAAACUGUGUAUUGUCAAACAACAGACAAACUGUAUAUUUCAAACAACAAAAUGUGUAUUGUCAAAUAAACAAACUGUUUAUUAUCAAACAAUAGGCAAACUAUAUAUUGUCAGACAGCAGGCAAACGGUGUAUUGUCAAA